AAGGUUAUCAAUCUCAGCUGUGUUUUUCCUACUAUGACCAGUCAACAUGUCUGCUGCGAGAAAGGUCCCUUCCACACAGUAAAGUAGUAUUCUACCUGUAAAGAAGUACUCAUUCAGGACAUGAACACCUGUUUCCUAUAGUGGCGUCAAAGGGAGAGAGUCUGGGCUUGCUGUCAUGUGUUUAGUCUGGACUUGUCUGCAGAUUAUAUGUCAUGUCUUCAGUUUGAUCCCAGACCGGCAGCAUGAACCUGGAAGACGCUCUUGGUGAAGGGUGGCCCUCUGCUGCCCCCAACAACCAAGCAGGUCCCUGGCCUGGACAACCCGCCAAUCCCACCUGGCCAGGUCAGCCUGCUGCCAACCCAGCCUGGCCCGGAGGACCGGGAGGUCAACCACCUGCUAACCCCGCAUGGCCCGGUGGACCGGGAGGUCAACCACCUGCUAACCCCGCAUGGCCCGGUGGACCUGGAGGUCAACAACCUGCUAACCCUGCAUGGCCCGGUGGACCUGGAAGUCAACCACCUGCUAACCCUGCCUGGCCCGGUGGACCUGGAGGUCAACCACCUGCCAACCCCAGCUGGCCCGGUGGACCUGGAGGUCAACCACCUGCCAACCCCAGCUGGCCCGGUCCCGGAGGACCUGGACCUGGACCUGGACCCGGACCUGUCCCUGCCUUUGCCCCCCAACAAAGUCUGGCGGUCCCUUACAAACAAAUUCUUCCCAGUGGAGUUUAUGACAAACUGCUCAUCACCAUCGCUGGGAUCGUGAACCCCAACGCUGAAAAGAUCACAGUGGACAUGUUCGCAGGUCAGGACCUGGCCUUCCACUUUAACCCUCGCUUCAAUGAGGGCGGCAGGAAGGUGAUUGUCAGGAACAGCUGCAUCGGCACCAAGUGGGGGAAAGAGGAGAGAGAUCUGCAGAACUUCCCAUUCGUCCAGGGACAGCCAUUCGAGAUGAAGAUCUUGUGCACCAACAAAGAGUUUAAGGUGGCCGUCAACAACGCUCACGUGCUGGCGUUCCAACACCGCGUCACCAACCUUAAAUCCAUCAACUCGCUCAACAUCUACUGUGACCUCAAACUGACCAUGGUCAACCUGGAGACUUUGCCGUAAGGAAAAUCUACCACAGAUCUACUGGGGAUCCACCAGAGAUCUACUGGGCAUCCACCACAGAUUUGUUAAAGAAUACUCAGAUCUACUGGGGCUCAACAAGAGAUUUACUGAAGGUUACCCAAAGACUGUAAAUCUUUGGUGGAUCCCCAACACAUCUUUGGUGGAUCCCCAACACAUCUUUGGUGGAUCCCCAACACAUCUUUGGUGGAUCCCCAGUAGAUCUUUUGUGGAUCCCCAGUAGAUCUCUGGUGGAUCCCCCAAUCAACAGGAGAUCCUAUAAAAUAUAUCUUUUAAUAGAUCUAUAGAUGAUUCUAGGAAACGUUAGCAUAUCAAAUGUUCUUUUAAAUGUGAAACAUCCACAGAAAGUCCUCAGUGGACCUUGUUGUACUAGUUGUUUUUGACUCCUAAAUAAAGGGUUAAUCUUCAGUU